GCCUAAUUGGGACCCGAGUCAACCAGACAUAAAUGCACAAAACCCUAGGUCCCAAAAAACCUCAAAAAUGGAAAUCCAAAUGUUGAAGAGCAGCGCCAAUUAUAGAAGGUAAUGAUACCAUAUCAGAAACAAAAACGGAAACUAGCACGCGACGGCUCCUCUCCUCCGGCUUAACACAUCUGAAAAAGCUUCAGGCGGCGGCCAGCCAACUGCGGCUCCGGUGCGAUCCCCUGCGCCGAUUGAAGAUCAAUCAAUAUAAAGGUGAAUUUCAUAUAUGACGAUGGCUUCUCCUGCUACAUUUUCAAGAAGUGAUUUUCGGAAUGAUGUUAUGUUCAACUACCCAAAUCUCUGCUCUAUCAAGAGUCGUAACACGAAUGCUAUACCUGCAUCUGCCAAGAUGCAAAGUUCACUAUUAACAUCUAGUGAGAAAUGUGUCAAAAACCAACUAUUUGCGAGGAAUCUGCGAAAGCAUAGCAACUUCCAGUGUAGAGCGGUAGCAGCUGAAGGCAAAACUUUGGUCACUGAGGGAAAUAAGUUCCUGCUUGAGGAUAUAAUUGAUGCUCAGCAAUUCAAUAGAGGCACACUUGAUGCUGUAUUUGAAGUGGCACGUGAAAUGGAGAAGGUGGAGAAAGGAUCACUUGGAAGCCAGAUGCUUAAGGGGCACUUAAUGGCUACCCUUUUCUACGAACCUUCCACUAGGACAAGGCUUUCGUUUGAGUCUGCCAUGAAACGUCUCGGUGGGGAAGUUCUGACAACUGAAAAUGCACGCGAGUUUUCAUCUGCAGCGAAAGGGGAAACACUUGAAGAUACAAUAAGAACAGUUGAAGGUUACUCUGAUAUAAUUGUCAUGAGGCACUUUGAAAGUGGUGCUGCCAAAAGAGCAGCAGCCACAGCCAGCAUUCCCAUCAUUAAUGCAGGAGAUGGUCCGGGGCAGCACCCAACUCAGGCGCUACUGGAUGUAUACACCAUUGAAAGAGAAAUAGGAAAACUUGAUGGGAUAACAGUUGCCCUUGUCGGAGAUCUUGCUAAUGGAAGGACAGUUAGGUCACUUGCAUAUCUGCUCACAAAAUACCAGGAUGUGAAGAUUUACUUUGUCUCCCCUGAUGUGGUGAAAAUGAAGGAUGACAUAAAGGAAUAUCUUACAUCAGAAGGAGUUGAUUGGGAGGAAAGUGCUGAUCUAAUGGACGUGGCUUCCAAGUGUGACGUGCUUUAUCAAACUCGUAUCCAACGAGAAAGGUUUGGGGGGCGAACUGAUUUAUAUGAAGAAGCCCGUGGGAAAUAUAUCGUGGACCCAGAUGUUUUAAGUGUAAUGCAAAAACAUGCGGUUGUCAUGCACCCUUUUCCACGGCUUGAUGAGAUAACCGUAGACGUGGAUGGAGAUGCAAGGGCUGCUUACUUUAGACAAGCCAAGAAUGGACUAUACAUUAGAAUGGCUCUCCUAAAGCUGCUGCUUCUUGGCUGGUGACUUCAUCAAUCUUACCCUCUACAAGAUUUUGAGAAACAUGCAUCAAUGCCUCAUUAUUACACCAGUGUAAGGUGUAAGAUUUUGUUUGAGUGAAGCAUUAUGCUUGUCUUUACUGGAUUAUAUAUCCAAACCAGCAUGACCUAGGAAUUUUCUAAAUUCUAAUAAAUCUAAACUUGUGCUUUUAGUUAUAAGGUUUUGCUAAACACAGCCCUUAGGGCUGUGUUUAUGGCGGAAAUGGAAUAAUACGGAGUAUCAGGAAAAGGAGUACAGAGUUUAAAAGGGCGAGGAAUGUUUUAUUUU